AUGUCUCAAGCCAUCCCCACCAGCACCUCCGUCACUGAGUCGGCCGUCAUCAAUGCGCCGCUCGCGCACGUGUGGCAUCACAUCAAGCUCCAGGACUUCGCCAACUUCUGGGCUGCCAUCACCAAGAGCGAGUUCGUCAAGGGUGCCAGCGAGGAGACCGACAUCGUCAAGUGGACCUUCAAGGAUGGAACCGUCUUGGAGGUGAAGCAGGAAGAGCACAGCUCUAUCAACCACUUCAUCACCUACUCAGUCAUCACAGCUGAGCCCAAGCUCGACUACAGCAGUGUCGUGAGCACAAUCAAGUGCUACCCAGUCACUAGCGGCGAGAACGAGGGUUCCACAUUCGUUGAGUGGACAGGCAACUUCUCCAGCGAUGCUGGUGCCGACAUCAUCCAAGAUGCGAAGUACAAGCGUCGUGAGGCUCUCGCAGACCUCGCAAAGGCCGCGGCCAAGAAGUAA